GACUCGCAAUCCAAGCGGCAUCCGCCGCUCUAUACUUAAUGCGUCUGUAGUUAGUAGGCGAAGAUAGGCGGAGGCUGUCGCUGGGAGCAGAGCCGAGAUGCCGAGCGGGAAGGGGAGGCAGCCAGCGGCUCCGGCAGAAAAACGCGCCGUUAGCAGCAGUCGCCAAUGGGUGAUGGUUCUCCCAGAAACUGCAACUGAUCUCCCGAAGAAGCCGGGUGCUGGACCUUUGUUUACAAGGCUGCCACAUCCAAGUACAGGACAAGCUGCCCUUUACUUAUUUGGUAGUGAUGCGUAUCAGAUAUUUGAAAUAAAAGCUUUUCAUGAAGAAUACCGGUCAUGGUUUAUUGGUCAAGAAGUUCAAUAUGAUGGACGUCUGUUUUUUGCUACACCAAUGGACCCCUUGUUUCUUGUGCUUUUCUACCUUAUCAAGGCAGAGAAAGAGCAAGGAAAGUUUCAGCCACUGGAUCAGAUUUUGGUGGAUGAAGAGUUUUCUUCCAGCAUGGCAUUGCUACAGUGCACAAGUACCUCACAGUCAGUUCACCACUUAGCUGAGCAAAAAGAAAUAGGUGAUAAGAAAUUUUUUAGAUACAGUGAGAAGAAAACACUGAUGUGGCUAAAGAAAAAGGUUAACCAGCUUCUGAAAGUAUUAAGAGAAAAUAACAUACCAGUGGGUAGAAAAAUACAGGCUGCUACAUUUAUCAGCAAUAAUCCAAUCAACAGUGGCACAGAAGAGGAUUAUAUUCGUUAUGCUCAUGGUUUAAUAUCGGACUAUAUUCCUGAAGAGCUAAGUACAGCAUUAGCUAAAUAUUUACGACUUCCACAAAGUACAGACCUUCCAGCAGAGCCAGCAUCAAAGAAAAGGAAACUGUCAGAUGCUCCUGUGGAAGCUGAAGAAGAUUAUACUAAAUUCAAUACUGGUGAUCUGAAAACCAAAAAGGCAAGCAAUAAAAUGUCAGCUGCACAAAAGGCCUUAGCAAAAGUUGACAAGAGUGGCAUGAAAGUGAUGUCUUCUUUCUUCAGACCAAAAGCUACAGCACCAAAAUGAGGGAGGGGGGUGCUGUUCGGUUCAAUAAUUGUGUUGGAAAUUUUCUGUGACAUCCAAGCUCCUUGUAGCUUUCUUCUCCUAUUUUCCCCUAUUAGGACUUGUCAGAAGUAGAAAUGUAUGAUACUGAUAUGAAUCUAAUCAAAGUUAAUUUUUCAUUUGUGUUAGGAAAACUGGAUUCGGUCAUCUGCUCCAGACAGCAGUCUGUCUCUAUUGUCAUUAUUACUGAAAAUUCACAGUGUAAUGCAAAACAAUAUAUUAAUUUCUGAAUAAAUUAUUUGUACUUCUUA